AUGGAUAAUGAUAAUAGUUUAUCAAAAUCAGCAAAAAAACAACAAGAAAUUUUUAAUAAUUUAUUAAGAAAACUUUAUGACAAAUCAAUCGAAGGUUUAACUAAGACACGUCAUGAAGUUAAUGAUCUUCAACGAAGACAUGCAUGGUAUCAUUCAAAUCUUAUUCAAAUUCAAUCACUAAAAUCUAAAAUAAGCAGUAUUCAAGAAGAAUAUGAUUCAAAUAUUACAAAUAUUUUAAAUGAAAUUACAAAACAAAAACAAUAUGCAAAAGAAAUUCUUUUAAAUGCACUUGAUCAACUUGAAUCAGCAGUAAAUACGGAACAAAUAAAAACAUCUAUUCAUUCGUUGAUUCAUCAUAUUGAUUUUUUAGUGGAAAAUAUAAGUAAACAUGUUCAUUUAAUAUCAAUAUUUUCGUCAAUUGGUCUUGGUGGUAUUAUCGCUAUGAUUUUUGCUGCUUUUGCUGGAUCAUCUUUCAUUAGUUUUGCCACAUUGGGAUUUGGAACUGUUGCUAGUGGUGUAGGAAGUGAAAUACUUUUUAAAGAAAAAUUAAAAGAAUUAGAUACAAAAUUAUUAAAUGAUAUUGGAAAAGUGGAAAAUCAGAAAAAUCAACAAAUAGAAAAACUUAAUGAAUAUUUUCAAAAUUUUGAAAGUAAAUUAUUAUCUUGUAAUAAAAAUCAACAAACAUCAUUUAUUAAUAUAAUUUGGUAUGAUAAACAAAUUAAAAAUAUUUUUAAUCAAAAUUGUAUUCAGAUAUUAAGAAAUGAAUUUUCAAAAGAAAACUAUUGCAUAACAGAAUCUGAUAAUGAAAAUCAAUUAAUUAAAUUAAUUACAUCUAAUGUUGAAAAUAAUCUUAUUUUAAUAACAUCAGGUUCAUCGGGACAAGAAAUUCUUUCUCAAAUAGGAUAUUAUUUUCAUAUAAAAGGUAUUAUUAUUUAUUGUAAAGCAGUUCAAUAUCAUAAAACAUGGGCAAAACAAUAUAUAACAUUAAAAUUACAGUCAUAUAAUUAUUAUUUAUCGACAAAACAAAAUGGAUUUAUUAUUCAAAAAUUUUCUGAUAUUCGUUCAGAUAUUAAUUAUCAUAAAGAUAUUAUGAUACAAUUAAAUACAUUAUUAAAAGCAAAAAAUAUAUAUCCAAAUGGUAUUCCUUAUCAUUUUCAAUUGGAUAAUUUAUUAAAAUGUGCUGAGAAAUUUGUUGAUGCUUUAAAAACUUCAUCACCAGAAGAAACUAUAAUACGUCUAUAUACAAGUUCAACACCUUCAUAUUAUAAAGUAGUAAAUGAUAUUCUCAAUUUAUUAGAUGAAGAAUUAAUAAAAUUAAUUGGAGAUUAUAUAAAAGCAUUAAGAUAUUCAUUAAUUAAAUAUUCAGAUAAAUCAAAACGAAUUCCAGAGAAUAAAAAUAUCAAGUUAUAUCGAGGUUUAUGUUUAAAAGAUGAAAAUAAUUUUCAAGAAUUUAAAAGAAAAUUUCAAGUCAAUGAUAUUAUUAUUUUUCCAGCAUUUUCAUCAACAAGUUUAAAUAAGAAUUGUGCAGAAAUCUUUGCUGGUGAGAAAGGUGUUCUUUUAAAUAUUACUGCAGAUUGUACACAAAUAAAUAAGCCAAAAAGUAUUUAUGAAUUAUCAUCUUUCAAAAGCGAAGAUGAAGUCCUAUUAAAUUGCUUUAAUAUGUUGACCGUCAAUAAAAUUACAAAUAUCAAUGACAGUUUUAUGUCUUAUGAAUGCACCUUACAACUACUAUGA